AGCUCGUGUACUUUAAUUUUGCUGUUUGUGAUUUGAGUCAGUUGAGUAUAUUUAAAUGGUGACAGAUAAGGAAUCUCGAGGUUGACAAUAUUUCCUUAUUGAAUAGCUGUUAUUUGUAAAUUCUGCUGAUUAAAAAAGUGACGUAAUUAGCGUACGUUUUUCUGAUAUUCUUAUCUUAAAGUUUUGUUAUUCAUUAUGGAAUGAGCAUGUAGUUCAGUAGUGCAGCGCAGAGUGUCUUAACUGUUCAGGUUGUUUUGUGUUCGCUUAGGCCGUUCCCGUGUACGUAAAAAUCCUCCCCUCGCAAACAAAAACAAUGUUACGACUGGUUUGAAGAUGUCACAUAGUCCAUGAAGAUAUUGGGGCAAUUUAAGAUGAAUGCACAAUUGGCAUCCCGGGAGAGGUCGCACUUCUUCUUCCGCUCGGAUAUAUCUAGCUCGCCGUCUAGUUCGUCCAGCCUUAAGCUUGACGACUAUGGGAAUCUCUUCGAUGAAGGAAAGGUUAAGACUAGGCUUCUUUCGAUGUGGAACAACGUGAAGUAUGGCAUGAAACUAAAGACAAAUUUUUCGAAGGAAUCUCCAGUGUGGUUAUUGGGGAAGUGUUACCAUAAGAAAGUUGAAAGCCCGUGCUCCGAUAGUACCGAACUUGGUACCGACGUCGUGGCUUUUCAAAGUCAAACGGACAUUGCGAAUAGCGACGAAGAGGGAUUCGAAGGAUUUAAAGCGGAUUUUAUGAGUCGUUUAUGGUUAACAUAUCGUAGGGAAUUUCCGGUACUAAACGGCUCGACCUUUAGCAGCGAUUGCGGUUGGGGAUGUAUGGUGCGAAGUGGUCAGAUGCUUCUUGCCGAAGCAUUAAUACGUCACUUCCUUAAUAGAGGGUGGCGCUGGAACCCGGAACAGCAACCUACCACCAAGCAAAGUUACAUUGAAAAUGUAAAUCAUAGGAAAAUUAUUAAGUGGUUCGGAGAUAAGCCGUCACGAAAUAGUCCAUUAUCUAUACAUUCUUUAGUUCAAUUAGGUGAAAGUAUGGGCAAGAAAGCCGGAGACUGGUAUGGUCCUGGAUUUGUCGCUCAUCUUUUAAAGAAGGCUGUAAACUUAGCAUCUAAGGAUAAUUAUGAAUUUGACUCUCUUCACGUUUAUGUCGCUCAGGAUUGCGCAAUUUAUGUUAGGGACGUGUUAGAACAGUGUUCCCCGAAAAAGGACGGAAAUUGGAAAUCUUUAAUUUUGCUUAUUCCCGUUCGUCUAGGCGCCGAGAAGUUUAACCCAAUUUACGCUCCAUGUGUGACGGCUCUUUUAAGCAUAGAACAAUGUAUUGGUAUAAUAGGCGGACGUCCGAAACAUUCCCUUUAUUUUAUCGGAUACCAAGAUGAUAAAUUAAUACAUUUAGAUCCUCAUUACUGUCAAGAGAUGGUGGACGUGUGGGCGGCAGAUUUUCCCCUAUCGAGCUUUCAUUGCAGAUCUCCUAGAAAAAUGCAUCUUAGCAAAAUGGAUCCGUCUUGCUGUAUCGGAUUCUACUGUAGUACCGAAGAAGAUUUUUUGAAUCUUAUUGAGAAUGUGCAAACACUAGUCAUACCACCCGGCCAGGGGGGUCACGCCGAAUAUCCUAUGUUCAUAUUUUGCGACGGCUAUCAAAAGGACGCCGAAUUACCUCCUAUAAGACAGUUACCUCCCGACGUUGAAUAUCCAGUUGAAGGCCAGGAUAGUGAAUAUGUCGAUGAUGAGGAAUUUGAAAUAUUAUAAAAAGGCUAAUCGUUCUACGAAGUUGCGUAAUAUAAUUAAACUUCAAAAACUUAUGUGGGAGCAAAUCAUUACGUUGAUAUCAAUUUGUUAUUUUUAGGAAAUUUAUACAGUUAUUGACUAUCGAUUAAGAAACCCUUUCUAUGAAAAUACAGAUUUGUUACAUGCUUCCAUAAAGUUACAAAGCGUGUUAAUGAAGUGUUUGUUGAUAUUUGUUAUGUUGUAUGACAACAAUGUAAUAAAAGGUGUGUUGAAUAAAUCAUACAGUUUA